AUGCUUAGAACGCAAAGGGGUGGGAUGCCUAAUCAGCGUGCAAGAAAGUCACAGAGGAGUCAGAUUGGCCAACUCGACACUACCCCGACAAGUCGGCACUUGCAGUCUCCCCAAGUGGACAAUAACCCCGUACCUCCCAGCGCUCAGCAGCCAGAGUCAACCAAUGAAUACCACGGCGACGUUGAUGAUGAAGAUUUUGCCGCAUUGUCUGAAAAAGUCCCAGGAGCAUUUUGGUCUGAAGGUGCCUCAACUCGCCGAAGCACGCCUAUUGACUCGCCUUGCGACGGCUCUUCCAGCCAGGAAUCGGGUUCAGGGAAGCUUCCCAGUACCCAGCCGUUGCCAUCCCAACUGACUUCGGGGCAUUUAAUCAACAACGGGCGGCCUCUGGUUGACUUCUCGGAGACAGCGACUACCGCCCGGCGAAGUUCGCCUUAUCCUCAGACCACACUAUCUCAAGUAGCUAGUGAUAUGCGCGUGGAGUUACCUGAGUACAACACUGUCCCCGAACUACCAGGCACUAUCCCCGACUCAUAUGAGAUUCCCAUGGACCACUUACCGGCAGACGAGCUAUAUGAUGCCACUCCAGUACCAGAGGACCGAGAGGAAGAUAUCACAAAGGGAAAGCAACAUACUGCGGAGCUCAAGUCAUCACAGAAAUCGGGCGAGAAAAGCAAGACCACGGACUCUUCAAAGAAGGUCAAAGCCUCCCUUCAAGUUUUACAAGACGAAGUUGGAUCUGUCAAGGAAGAGCCGUCUUCUUUUCCGCCUGAACAACCUGUAAUGGGACGCCGGAACCCAGCGAGAAAUGCCAAACAAGUGCGAGAAUCUCCUGAGCCAGCUCCUGGGUCAGCUGAGUCAAAGACAAGUGUGACACGGCGCGGGAAACAAAGAGCCAAGCCGCCCUAUAGAUUUGAUUCAAAAGAUCAAAUCAUAGAGCCUCCGCCGGCUCAAGCGAAACCUGUGCGUACGUCCAUGGUGGAGAACAUGAUACAAGCUCAUGCUGCCUCAAUAUCGCCUGAUAAGAGCGCAAAGAAACCUACCCCUAAGUCAAGAAAGAAGUUCUCGCCCAAGACUGCUUUGAACACCACUCCAAAAGCCGUCCAAAAAGCUCCAGUAGUUUCUCAGAGAACUACACGCCAGUCUGUUUUGAGAGGCCAGCAUAAUCAGCAAAGCCCAGAUAAAGCCAACGAAGGGAACAGCGUCGUUUCUCCAGCUGGUCCUCCGGUGGAAUCAAAACCGAAGCUACCUGCAGUGAACCAGAGAGCGACGAGAAAGGCAAAAGAAGAGCCGGUACCUGUGCCACCCUCGAAGGGUCAAGAGAGAACCAACUAUGGUAACGACACUCAAGGAUCUACCGACGAUCCCAUUAUACUUUCAAGUGGUCGUAAUAGUUCAUCACCGUGUGACGACGAUGAAUUUGUUCCACCUACCGACCUAACUGAAUUUUCACCCGAAGAGUUGACCCGCCCAGAUACCGUCCCUCGAGUCGAAAAGCAAUCACUUGUUGACCCUGGGGAGCCGUUGGAUAUUGCUCGAAACCCGCAGGAGCAGAUCGUUGCUGCAAUAUCGGAAAUUCCCAAGCCUGUGCACCCUACCCGUCGGACCGAGAGACAAGUCACUGCACAGAAGAAGACCAUAACUGUCAAAGCGGAGCCUAAAAACCCUGUCGAAGCUGGUUUGAAGAGAACCAACCGAGAGCAGCCGAUUAGGAUCGGCCCAAGAGAAGUUCUGUCGGCGCGGGAUGCUAAUGCCCUUGCCCAACGCCAUACCUCCAAAGUGAAUACCCUAAAGAGGCCCCCUUCUACAAAAGACCCGGUCGUUGAUACCUCUGUACCACCUCGUAAGGUCAUGAAGCGAACGCGAAGCUUCAACGUCAGCCAGGUCAGUAGCCCGUUGCCGGUUGAAACAGCUGCGGUUCAAUUGCCUGAGGGAACAAGUUCCAGUAACAGAGAUGACGAUGAAGAUCCAACAGUAUCACACAGUAACAAGCAGGCGCCAAAAGAUUAUUUGUCAAGUCUCGCAGUUGCAGAAUCGAAACCCAAAAACAGAGUGAAAGAAAAUCUGCAGCAGGAAAGAGUCGGUGACAGACGUUGGCGAAGUGAAGUCAGUGCAACCAAUCAAGAUCUGCACGCUCAGAUCUUUAACUCUCUCCAAGUGCGAGAUGAACCCCCUAAAGUUCAUGACGAGGGAAAUGAUGACAGCCCUGAACAAGAAGAGCUCGGUGAAUCAACACGCCCCAAGGGACCGAGCGACGAGCUGGAAGAGAAACUCAAUGGACUUGUCAAGACUCUGGUUGGUCAUCUCCAAACCAAGGAAGCGACUAUCUACCGAGGGGCGGACGCUUAUCGCAAGAACGGUAUUGGUUCUGUGGAAAAGAUCAAGCGGCGUUACACAAACGAAAGGCAGCAGCUCAAAGAAAUAUGGAAGACAGACACUGAGAGGUUUGUCCGUGGCUCACGGUCAAUCACAGCAACCGUGGACAAGCGUGGUAAAUCUCGACAAGAGGCUGGUCACAAAUUGGAAGAGACACUAGCAAGACGCCGCCAUCUGUUUGAAAGGGCAACAACAAGUUUACGUGAUCUUCAUGGACGAUUAAUGGAGCGUCGAUAUGAAGAGAAUGAGGAUUGA